CUCUCUUAAAUAUAUAUACACACACAUAAUUUCUUUUCUUUUUUAAAAGAUCAAAAUGCCAGGCAUCCUUCAUGAAUAUAAACAACUAUUUAAUCAGUGUGUCCCAACACCAACAGACAGCGAUAUAAAACGAGUGGUGCCAACCCUCGUGGGUUCAUUUCUAGCAAUCUACUCUGUACUACUUUUCACAGACGGUUAUUAUUUUUUAGUCUUUCUCGUGGUGGGGUUUGGUCUAGGAGGAAUUUACUUUUCUGCUGCUACCCAGGAUGGUCCAUUACCAUUUGAAAAGUAUGAACGACAUCUCGUUCUCUCUGAAACUACACUGGAACAAUUUAGUAAUAGUGAAACACCAGAAAAGAAUGUGCAAUUGUUUUAUCCACCAUUAACCACUGUUGUGAAUCAGUUGCUGGACUAUGUCAUGAGAGACUUUGUCACAAGUUGGUGGACUCCUUUAAAUGAGCACAAGGACCCUACUUUUGAAAAAUUAGCUCGGGAACGACUGAAUGUUGUAUUUUUAAAUAUCCAAAAGAUUCUAUUAAACCAAGAUAGAAAUGAUAUUGUCAUGUCUACCGUUUACGGUGUAGCUAAUACCCUCAUCAUUCACAUGAGAGAAUGUAGAGCCCUGGAAGACUCCCACUUGACCAUCGACCACUACGUCAAGGAAAACCCUCAAUCUCCCUUUUCUCAAUUACUCUCAAGACACGAACAACACCGUCAAUUACGAGCACUCAGUCAAACAUUUCUCAAAAGAACUUUACCCGCUCAAGACAGAGAUUCUUUAUUAUUAAUGAGUCUAUUGAAAGAAUUACUCGCUAAUUUCGUCUUUGGUAGUGUCCUUGAAAACUUGAGCGAUCCCGAUUUCUUGAAUCGAUGGAUCAUUGAUUUGUUAUCCGAUCAAAACAAGAAAACUUCGGAAGCCAUCACAUCCACGAUUUCCGCUGCCGUCUUGGCAGAUACCCUUCUCGAGAAGGGAGAAGAAGAUACUUUGGGUCAAGUCACACCACCGAGUACACCAGAACCUCAACGAUCCACCACCAUGAUACAGAAACCUACCAUGAUCUUCUCAAAGAAUUCUGUUCAUUUCACCAUCAUGGAUAUUUCUGCACCUCAGGUCCCAGAUAGUCCAUUGAAUAAACAUGAACUCGUUUACAUCAUUCAAAUUGAACGACCCGCCAUGGAAGAUCAUGCAGGUUCAGAAGGCGGUGGUUAUGUCAUCACACGAUCCUACACUGAUUUCGAAACUUUUCAUACCUUACUUCAUGCGAGACAUCCUAAAAGAGCCAACAAACUUCAAUUAAGACUCCCCCUCCAGACUCAUCAAACCAACAACAACAACAACAAAUCCUGGCUUAAUAAAUCAGCAUCGGUCAUCCAACCAGUCAAUAAUAAAAGACUCCCACCCUCUUCUGCAGAAGCCGUAGGUCAGGCCUUGGAAAGAUAUAUGGAUACGGUUGUGCAAGACAUCGAAUUGGGUACAGACCCCAUCCUCUUGUCCUUUCUUCGAAAGGAACGUAGAUCUGACAUGGGUUCGGUCGUUUCCUUCACGCAAGAGUUUAAAGAAGAGGCAGAUGCCGCUUUAGCUUCCUUGCAUGAUGUGAGUCGCUCCAGAUCUAUGUUUUCACGUCAUAACACAAGACAAGAUUCUUUUUCGGAUGAACGUAAUAGUUUGGAUGAUCUUCGUUGGUUUGGUAAGACGCGUGCUGGUUCUGUCUCCAGUCUUCAUAGUAACCUCUCGAAAAAUGACUCACCCACAGAAGAAGAAGAAGGAGAACACGACCUAGUCGAGUUGACAACGACAACAACAACAAAAAAGGAAAAUAAGGCUUUAUCACCUAUGGACGUUGAACUCUUGAUCGAAACUACCUAUGCAUUAAUUGUCGAGAUAUUUAAUUUAACUUCGAGUAAUAAUAAGGCUUGGAUGAGACGAUCCAUGUUAAACCUCCUUCGUGAGAUCGUGCGAAGGACUUACACUGAAUUUAUCUCGGAACAGUACAGUGAUUUCGUUCAUGAAUACAUGUCACCGGAUGCCAUGGUGGGUAUGCUGAAUACAUUGGGUGAACAGUUUUGGCCAGAAGGGAAAUGGAUGUUGGACGGGAAAGAAGAACAAACCAAACGUACCGAACAGGAUAAAGAGGAGAGUAAACAACGUGCAAGACAACUUUUAAUGACAGAGGUCAUACCCAACGCGGUCAGGCAACUCAUUGGUGAUCAAAAUUGUAAUACAGCCAUGGAUAGAAUAUGGGCUCGAUGUCAAGAUCCUCAAUUAAAUAGAGUGUUGAUCUUGCAAGUGUUGGAACGCAUCAUUAAACCGAUUUUGGGUUAACUUUCCCCCCCCCCCCGUGUAUAUAUGUGUGUGGGUGUGUGUGGGUGUGUGUGUGGGUGUGUGUUUAUUUAAUUAAGUUAAAUGGUAAAAUAAUGACAAAAAAAAAAAAAAGGCUUUUUUUUCUUUUCUUCCCCCUAUAUAUAUAUAUAUAUAUAUUUAUAUAUAU